AGACGACUUGUAAUGAUACACACACGUGCAAAACAUUACUCUACCAUUUCAUCAUUAAUACUUUCAACGUGAUUUUCUUGGUAUUAAAAUUUAUUUAAAUCUUUUAAAUGAAUCAACUCAAAAAUGCUGUUCUGUCCAACCUGCGGUAAUUUGCUUCUCGUUGAGGAAAGUGCCACCUGUUUGCGAUUUUCAUGCAGCACUUGUCCAUACAUUUCGAAUAUCAAACGUAAAAUUUCUACUCGAAUUUAUCCCAAAUUAAAGGAAGUGGACCAUGUAAUGGGUGGAUCGGCUGCAUGGGAGAAUGUUGAUUCAACCGAUGCUGUAUGUCCAUCGUGUUCGCACCGACGAGCCUAUUUUAUGCAAAUGCAAAUAAGAUCUGCCGAUGAGCCGAUGACUACGUUUUAUAAGUGCUGUAACAACAAAUGUGGCCACAAUUGGCGUGAUUAAGUGAACGAAAGAAUGGACAUAAACUAUGUUAAUAGACAAAGGUUUGAAAUUAGUUAGAAUAUAUUUUGGGCGCAAGAUGAGCGACUUACAAGAACUAUCAGUGAAUCAGAUCAAAUUUAUCGAAUCGUGCGACUCGAAAAUUCAAAUGGACAAUUUAAUUGUGAAGUGUUCGGACAAACAUGCAGUGAAAAUAGCAGCACAAAAGCUACGAGUUGGUGGUGUGAUUGCUAUACCGACCGAUACCGUUUACGGCCUAGCGUGUAAUGCUAAUAAUCGUCAAGCUAUUCGCGAACUGUAUGAAAUUAAAGGUCGUAAUGAAUGCAAACCCGUUGCCAUUUGUGUACCAACAAUAAACGAUUUGCGACACUGGAGCGAAGCAUCACAUUUAGCAAAUGAUUUGCUGGAAAAACUGUUACCCGGCGCCGUCACAAUCGUUUUGAAACGAUCGAAAAACUUAGACAAUCCGUACCUCAACAAUGGCAUCGAAAAAAUCGGCAUUCGAAUUCCGAAAUUUGAGUUUAUACAGAAGGUGUCGGAGAUGUGCGAGUUUCCCAUUGCUCUGACCAGUGCCAAUCGUAGCAGCGAGAAGAGUACUUUACACAUAGAUGAAUUUAGAUUGCUUUGGCCGCAGUUGGGAGCAGUAUUUGACGGAGGACAAUUGGGUGUAACUGAAGAGCAACGAGCUGCGUCAACAGUCAUUGAUCUAAGCCGAUCGGGAUACUACAAAAUCAUUCGUAACGGUGUUGCUGCUAGUCAAACAAUCAAAGCUGUGAAAGAAUUUGGAAUAAUUGAAGAUGAUUCGUAACGACAAAGUUUUAUUUCGUUGAACGAUUGUCCCAAUCCACAUUCGUUGAUUUUAAGUGUUAUUUCGCUGUCUAUUUAUAACCGGGAUGGUGGUGAAUGAAAACACAUUUUUAUAAUUCAGUUAGUACGCGCUUAUAUU